AUGGGCUCAGAUGGGUGCUUUCGAGUGUCUCCCAUUCAGUUGCUGCUCCUGGGUGCUACGACACAACACAGCAUGUUUUACCUACGCAGGUUCGGCGUCUUGCAAGCCGCCAUCUUCUGCUGGCUAUUCCUGAGCAUCGGACAAGCAGAACCGGUGCCAGACUUUGCGAUCAAUGCCGCCAUUACGGGCAGUGCGACAGUUUCAUCGCUCGCACAGGAGACGCGCCUCCUGUUCAAGGAUGUCGGUGGGACGGUGUAUGAGCUGCAGGCCGGCUACGAACGGCUAGCAACGGUGAAGGAAGCACUGACCGAUAUUGCCACGAAACUGUCCAUCGCCGGCAUGACGCUUACGCAGGCAAUCUCUACGAUGGCACUCAACAACAGUGGCCCGAUACCGACGUAUUUCGAUGCCAUCUCGAACGCCAUCAACAGUCUGCAGGCGCUCCUCACCAACGGUUUAACGACGCAGCUCGGCACGCUUACCAGCACGAUCGAUCGGUACGUGUCGGCCAAGCUGGGAGACAGCUUCCGGACCAUGUCCCAGACGCUGAACACGCUGGCCCAAAGUGUGGCUAACCUGAGGGCGGCUGUUACCAGCGCCCGGCAGGCAGCCGGUUCCUCCACCACCGUGUCCUCGACCAUCGCCCGCCGGUACGUGACGACGCGCAUCGUCAGCGACAUCACCAAUGGCGUCCGGUUGCUCAAAUCGGACGUCCCGAUUCUGGUGUACGUCGUCCGGACGACGCUCGGGUCGUUCCAGACGGCGGACGAGUAUCUGACGGGCUUCACCGCCGAAGCGCAGCUGCGUGAAAACGACAUUCACGAGCAGGGCAACAGCUACAGCAUCGAUGUGAACGAUCUGGUCUCCGGCAUCAAAGCCAACACCACGACCGUGUUAACCGCUCCCUACAUCAAGCUUUCCGAAACGUACACCCAAACGGUGCAGAGCAGGGUGGAGACGAGCGCCAGCUUCAAAACGUUGGCCGACGCAAUACUGUCGGAAGUACGAUCACUGUUCAGCGACAGUGUGGCCAUAACGGAUAGAAUUGAAACCACGUUCGCGGCGUACCUGCAGCUCGUGCUGGCACUGGACGACGAUCUGGCCACGUUCUACGGUGCGAGCAUGUGUGCGGUGGUGCGCGAUCUGAUCCAGGUGCUGAUCGAGAACGGCCCGAACGCACAGUUCUGUUUCAGCAAGUUCGGCACGAAGGUGUUCAACUUCUUCGUGCUGCACACGUACGAUGCGGCCGCCUGCUAUCGGCUGCAGUUUAUGCGGCUGGAGAAGCUGCGCAACGGGAUCUACAGCAUCAUCGUGCUGAUGCUGCACGACAUUGAAGAUUUCAUCGACAAUGUGGAGCGCUGCACGCAGUUCAACGAUGUGCAGAAUUGUGACAGCUUCCUCGGUACCGAAUAUCAGACGCUCUUCACGUACACGACCGAAAAGCGGGACGCCCUGUACCGGCUGCUGGUGCAGGAAACGAGCGCCAGCUUCUACCGGAUGGAGGGAUGCUUCAGCAACAGCAAGCACCUGCUCGUGCUGGAUGCCGAGGACAUGAAGACGUCCAUCGAGAAUUGCAAAAUAAAUGGACCGUUGUGAAGCUUCUUACCGUCCCCGUACUCGUUUAGAUUAGAGAGCUUAUUUCGCCGUGAGUUUUGAAUAAACUGUUUAGAAAUAAUACGAUCGCGGUGUGCGUGUGCGUGUGUGUUUGUGGCAGAAUUCAUCACGUCGCUUGGCUCGAGAAGAAUCGUGAACACACUGUUUGUGCAGCUGAUCGUCACACACGUUCUG